AUGGUCGCCAGUUGCGAUAACUACGGUACGGUGAACGGCUCCUCCUGCGACUGUCCCACUGGUUUCGGCGGCGCGACAUGCUCCCAGCCGGGUUGCGGAGGUACCAUCUUUCAGGGUUCUGAUCGUUCUUUGGCUCCUCUUUUUGGAGGCUAUGCAAAUUUGACUGGUUGCUCCUGCGAGGGGGGUUGGGCCGGGACAGGCUGCAAUGUGUGUCAGACGUCGGUAGCUUGCCAGUCUGCGUACACCAGCUCGGGCAACCCUCCGAGCGGCCUGUCCUCUGCCGGGCUCACCAGUGGUGAAAAUAAUACCCUCACAUGCAACAUAAACCCGCGCGUGUAUGCGUCGGGGCAGAUGAGUUGCGAGGUAAUGAAUCCUACUUUGCAAGCUAUAUACCCCCUGUCCUCGACACUUAACAUCAUGCGCACCCUCAAUCCCUCACUAACGCCGCUGCCCAACAUCACGGGCUCUGGCUCCUCAGGUUCAGUCUACGCGCAGCUAUACUACAGCGGUGUCGAGCAGUUCUACUGCACGGCGGACUCGUGCGAGCAGCAUGCGGGUAACACGACGGAUGGAAGCUCCAACUGGACGUGUCAGAACCUCCGGUGCACAUGCGUCCCUGGGACGAGCUUCUGCGGCGCGGUCCAGAUUAGCAACCUUACCUCCAUUAUUGACAGUCUUUCCGGCACGCUGGUGAUCUCGUGCGACGCUCCAUCAGCGGGGAACCACACGGCCAAUUGUGCAUUCCAGCAAGCGACUAUUCAAUCCGUCUUUGGCUCGUCCGGUCUGACGCUCAGCGGGUGCCAGUUUGGCGAGUGCGUGAGCCAGAGCGUCAUCGACACCGUGUCCUCCAACGCUACGAGCACUACUAACAAUGACAGCGGCGGCAAAUCGCUCAGUGGGGGCGUCAUCGCUGGGCUUGCUGUUGUGGGUGGUUUUAUUGCCCUCGCACUCCUGGUCCUGGCAUACGGAUGCUUCAGCCAGCGGCGUGCCCGCAAAACGGGUCCUGGCUCUGCUGGUAGAAGCGGCGGGGUUGCAGUCGAUUGGGCCGAUAUCAGCUACUUCGUGUCUAAUCCCGACAAGGGGAUGGGGGGAUGGUUAAAAGACCCGUUGAGCAGACACGCUCGACGCGACAUGAACGACCAACGUGUAAUCCUCGACAAUGUCAGUGGCCGUGUCUCUCCAGGGGAGAUGAUGGCGAUCAUGGGGCCUAGUGGUGCCGGCAAGACGACGCUUAUCGAAAUUUUAACGGGAAAGAGCAAAUCUGGGCAUACUACCGGUUCAGUUUCGUUUCUGCCGUAUUCGGCUCACCGGGGUUCUUCAAACGAAGCUCCACGUGUUGGCUUCGUCCCACAGCAAGACAUCUUGCCACACACGCUCAGCGUACGAGAGGCGCUUCUUUUCGCGGCAGAGCUCCGCCUCCCGGAGAGCAUACCACAUGCCGAGAAGCUCGCGCGUGUAGACGCUGUUAUUGACCAGCUUGGUUUGUCUCACAUCCGGGACAUGCACAUCGGCGACGGCGAGAAGCGCGGCAUCAGUGGGGGUGAGAUGCGCCGAGUCAGCAUCGGUCUGGAGCUUGUUGCCCGUCCCGACAUCCUCAUCCUUGAUGAGCCUACGAGCGGACUGGACUCAGUAUCAGCUAAGAAGGUUACAGAGGUGCUCGCCGCACUUGCGCACGACCCUCAAAAUCCAACCGCCGUGAUUGCGUCCAUUCAUCAGCCAAGCUCGCAGCUCUUCCAGACUUUUGACAGGAUCCUGCUCCUCGCUCAUGGCCGUGCUUUGUAUUACGGGAAGGGGGGCCUCGCGCCUGCUGAGCACUUCUCUGGCCAGGGAAUUCCGUACCCUAAUGGGUACAAUGUGGCGGACUAUCUUCUGGACGUAGCCAGUGAUCCUCCCCUUUCGCUCUUCCAAUCUGCGGGGAGCAGUGGUAGCGAGAAGACAAGCAGCAGGGAGCCUGUGGAUGUAGAGAAAAUCACGAGUAGAGAGAUAAUGUCGACUGUCGAAGCGGAAGAGAAAGGGCUGAAGCGCGCGAUGCGUACUUUCGUGGGUCCGAAGUAUGCAACCACGUUCUUGACGCAGCUCGAGGUUCUAUCAGGUAGGGAGUGGAAGAUCCUCAGGAGGGACAAAACGCUGUUCUUCACUCACGUUGCGGUCGCUUGUGUCUUGGGCGUUUUCUGUGGCGGCUUGUAUUACAAGACUGGUAUCACAAUUGCGGGCUUCCAGUCCCGAGUAGGGUGCCUGUUCUUCCUGGGCGCGCUCAUUGCCUUCUCGUCCUUGAGUGCUUUGUACAAUAUCGUUGAGAUACGACCGCUCUUUUUGCGAGAGCGAUCUGCGUCUUACUAUAGUCCCACUGCUUGGCUGCUAUCGCGUCUCAUAUUCGAUGUUGUACCUCUGCGCAUUCUUCCAACACUGAUAGUGGCAUCGAUCACAUAUUGGAUGGUUGGAUUCGCGCAUGACGCCGCUCACUUCUUUAAGUUUCUCUUCAUUCUUGUGUUAUAUACCCUGGCUAUGACGCUCUUCAAUUUCUUACUCGCCUGUCUUUUCCGGAAUGGCGGGAUAGCGAUUCUUCUCAGUGCCCUUCUGGCCUUAUACCAGAUGACUUACGCAGGGUUCUUUGUGCACCUCAACAGCAUUCCACCUGUGCUUCGAUGGCUGCAAUGGCUUUGUCCAUUAAAGUAUACCUUGGAAGCUCUCUCGGUGAACGAGGUCGGCUCUGGCCUCAAAAUUCAGGACACGCUGGAUGGUGUGCCUAUUGAUGUUUCAGCGAGCCUGAUUAUGGAGACUCUGUUCGGUUUUGGAGAGAAGAAUUACUAUCGCGAUGUGUUGGUCUUGUUCGCGUUCAUUGCCGGGUUCGGCUUGAUGGUUAUUGGUGCUGUUUGGAUCAGAUUCCGAGAAAGACGCUGAUAGACUGUAUAUUACGGACUUCUGUUGUAGCUUUAUACACCCCUAUAUCGAUUAUCGUAUCU